AUGUCUACCAUCGGCACCAACUCUGCAGUUCCUGCUCCAUCACAAUCAUACUUUGAUCGAGGAUACGGUACAGCAAGUACUCCACGAGCUCGCCCACAAUCCCAAAUCGCGAACGGAGGCCCUGCAGUAACAGAUUUCGGCACAGACGACCUUCAACCUCCUUCCGCGAUCCAGAACUCACACGGAAAAUUCAACGAGGAGUGGGACGCAAGUCAACGAGGAAGUUCAAUAGUAGACGGUAACAUGCAUCGAUCAAAUUCAGUUAUGUCGCAAGGUGAUACUUUGAUUCCGUCGAGAGGUGGAACUCUUAAAAAGAGAGCUUCUUUAAAGAGAAGUAGCAGCAGACGAAGUUCGAGGGCUGGCAGCGUUCGCAGUUUGGUCGUUCAUCCACAAGGUGAUAUCGAUGAGUUGCACAGUGCUUUCUAUUCUCCCGUCCCUACAAGCGGGAACCCUACAGAGAUUUUGGCAAACAGAUUUCAAGCUUGGCGCAAGGUCCUCAAAGAUCUGAUUGUUUAUUUCAAAGAAAUCCAAAGUCAAUAUGAGCACAGGUCAAAGAGCCUUUUGAAGGUCUCGAAUGUUAUCAACAAUACGACGGCGCCCUCUGUUUUCCUACCCACUGGUGGGAUCGAUGAUGCUCUCCAGAUCCUUCGCAACUAUCACAAGUCCGCAAUUGCAGAGGCAAACAAGUCUAGAGACAUCGAGCAAGACGUCAUUCUUGCGUUGACCGGCUUGCGCAGCGAUUUGCAACAGAAAAUCAAGGAGAUCAAAGGUUUGUCAGGCGAUUUUAAAAAUUCGGUGGACAGGGAGAUGGAAGCUACUCGAAAGGCUGUGACCGCAUUACAAGAUGGCUUGGGUCAAUCGGAUGUUGACCCUGCACAAAUGACUGGCAAGCAUGAUCCAUACUUGCUUAGACUUGCUGUCGAUCGUCAGGUCGAGAAGCAGAUUGAUGAAGAAAAUUAUCUGCACCAGGCUUAUCUUAACUUGGAAGCCUCCGGACGGGAACUUGAGGCCAUCGUAGUGGGGGAGAUUCAAAAGUCUUAUAACGCGCUCGCAGGCAUCUUGAAACGUGAGGCAGACGGUGCUUAUACCGCAGUGGACGAACUACGCACGGGUCCAAUUGCCAUGCCAAAAGAUCAUGAAUGGACUGCAUUCGUCGAAAAUGAUGAACAUUUUGUUGAUCCUAAAAUUCCUGUAAGAACACCAGAGAUUAUAAGAUAUCCUGGUCAGGAUAGCGAGCUUGCCGGAUGUAUCAGAGAAGGUCUCCUCGAGAGAAAGUCUAAGUUCCUGAAGUCUUACACUCCCGGCUGGUACGUUCUUUCUCCUACCCAUCUACACGAGUUUCGUUCAGCGGAUAAACUUCAAGCGCCCAUUAUGUCUCUCUAUCUACCCGAGCAGAAACUUGGCUCUCAUUCAAAUGAGGGAGGAUCCUCCAACAAGUUCAUACUUAAAGGUCGUCAGACCGGGACAUUACAUCGUGGACACUCUUGGGUCUUUAGAGCAGAAACACGCGAUACUUUACUUGCUUGGUACGAAGACAUUCAGUCUCUAACGGAAAAGUCUCCACAAGAACGUAAUGCGUUUGUGCGUCAGCAUGCCCGCAGCGUUAGUGGUACAUCACAGCGAGCUAGUUCCAUCAGCAGCGACGGAGUCAUGGACGAAGAGGACGAAGAACCAUUCUCGGCAAAUACAUCAGCCAUUGUAGGCACUCAAGGACUCAAACAAGAACAGAAGCGUCCUGAACCAGGUGGGAGAUUUCCCUCAGAUCUACAAGUUAAUGCGACGCGUGGCUUACAGGCUCCUCUCUCGCCUUCUAGCGGAAGUUCCAAUUUUGGAGGUGAAGCAGAUGAUGCAGUAGUCGCUGCUGCAGCUCUGCCCGCAAGUGGUGUUGGCCGUCAUUAUGGAGAGGACCCCAAUCCCGCGUCGCCGACACACGCUCAGAUGAUAAAUCAAGCUGCUAAAGAAGAUGGUGUAAAUCCUUAUACUUACGAACCUAUUCAGAAUAUGAACACUACGCGUAAUUAUCAGCACGAGCUACCUGCCGCUGGUGCAGCAGGCCUAGGAGGCGCCGCUUUGGGCGUCGCAGGUACAGCCGCAUACAAAAACCACGAGCUCCAGAAGCAACGUCAGCAAUCAGCCGUAGAAGCAACCGUUAUAGCCGCACCUGACGCGGACCAACUUCGAGAGCAAGCAGAUAGGGAAGCAACUAUGAUUGCAGCACCCGAUGACAAUACCUACGAAGGUAAAGCACAAAAACAAGUAGAUCUAGAAGCCAUGGCCAUUGCUGCUCCUGAUACGAACAUGUCUAGCGGACGUAGCCUCGGCGAUAUCAGCAAAGCUCCUCGGUUCGACGAAGCCCAGGAGAUCGCGACUUUAGCGGCUACCACAAAUGUUGCUGUACCAAAGUCAGUAGAGACACUCCUCGAUCCUCUCGCUAAAGACAUCGAGCGUCCCACUUUGGCUGCUGGGCAAAAUCAUCAGAGCGUCCAGAGUAUUAGUCAAUUACAUGUGCCUGGUGAGUUUCCCAGGUCCAGAGCAGAGACAGGAAGUUCUUUAAGUCAUGAAACUGUUUAA